CUUAUUCGAAUUGAUUAAACUAAUUGGUCUAGUAUUGUAUUCAAAACAUAGAACCUAUCUGACUCAAAUCCGAAUAUUUAAAUCGAUUAGAACACAGAUCACCUGUGAAAUCAAAUUCUAUGUUUAAUUUGAGUUGGGAGUUUGAUUUGGAGUGAAUGCUAAAUUGAACCAGUAUAGUUUGGAGGGAAAUCUCAUUAAAUAAAUAAAUUUCAAAUCCAGACAAAUCAAAGCUAAUAAAUUUGCCUUCAAAGCUGAACAAGCAAACACAGAAGCGCUUCUGUAAAAGCGCACUCUCCGAAAUCUCUUUAAAUCGUUGCAUAGAACUCUCCGAAAAUAUAAAUUCACACAACUAAAUUGCAAUAAAAUUAGAUAAUUACUUUUAAAAAAUUUUGGUUUGGUUGAGAGAUCGAGAGAGAUUGUUAUGGCGCAGAACGGCGGCGGGGGGCCGGAUUUUCAUUUAUCGGACGAAAUACUGGCGGUGAUACCGACGGAUCCGUACGACCAGCUGGAUCUGGCGCGUAAGAUCACGUCGAUGGCAAUCGCCUCGCGCGUGUCGAAGCUGGAGGCGGAGACGGAGAUUUUGAGACAGAAGUUGUGCGAGAAGGAUCGUUUGAUAUACGAACUUGAAGAGAGGCUCUCGCACUUGCAAAAAGUGUCCCAGCAGGGUGAGUCCAAUAUGAAGACUCUCCUUGAUAACAAUAUGAAGCUGUUGAAGGAACGAGAUUCAUUGUCAAUGACUGUGAAGAAUCUCAGCCGUGAUUUAGCCAAGUUGGAGACAUUUAAAAGACAGCUAAUGCAAUCAUUGAAUGAGGACAAUUCUUCGCAAGCUGAAACUGUUGAUAUUGGGACCUGUGACCAGCCAGUUCCAAGAGCCUAUCCUGACAAGGAUGAGGAGACCAAUGGCUAUACAGGGCAUCAUUCCUUCAGUGGCUCAACAGAUACAGGAAAUACAGUUGAUGAAGCGGCUUCUCGGAAUACUACUCAAAGAUUUUCUCUGACUCCAUAUAUCACACCACAACUUACUCCAUCUGGAACUCCAAAAGUUAUAACAGCAAGUGUGUCCCCUAGAGGUUAUUCUGCAGCUGGAUCUCCCAAGAAAACAUCUGAUGCAACAUCUCCAACAAAACCUCAAUAUGAUGGAAGAACUUCAUCGUCUUCAUGGUAUCCAUCAAGCCAGCAGUCAUCAGCUGCAAAUUCUCCUCCUCGUGCACGUUCACUUCCAGGGCGCAAUCCUCGAAUCGAUGGAAGAGAGUUUUUUCGUCAGGCUAGGAGUCGCUUAUCAUAUGAACAGUUCAGCGCAUUUUUGGCUAAUAUCAAGGAAUUAAAUGCUCAGAAACAAACUCGAGAGGAAACCUUGAGGAAAGCAGAUGAGAUUUUUGGGACAGAUAAUAAAGAUCUUUUUCUAUAUUUUCAAGGAUUGCUUAACCGUAACAUUCACUAGAGCGUACAAGUCUCUCUACUUGAGCGGCUUACUCUAAUAGGUCUCCUGUAGAUACCUGCUUCUUAAAGGCACUUGUUGAGAGAUUGACCCUGCAAGAUUUGUUUUUGCUUUUUCUUGAACUAGUAUAUAUUCAGAGGGCAAUUUUCUCCAAAUUUAGCCGAUAUUGCUCUCUCGCACGUGCUUUCUCUGUACACAUGUUGUAAUCCGUUUUCUUGGAGCCCUGUCCUGUUCCAAAUUGAAGGGCUUGUUUUCCUGGUCAGGAAAUGGAGGUAAAUAAAUCCCUGUGCUUUGACAGUCUGUUUUUUGCGAAGUUUGGUAUGCAUCACUUACUACUUUUUAAGUGCCCAAAAUUGGCAGAAUAUCGAGAGUUUGAACAUCAAUAAAAAAUAUAUAAGAAUGAUCUUGUUCUCAUCUCCAAA